AUGAGUACGGGUCAAUGUCCCAUACCGGAGACGAUUCCACUGUGUGCUGAUAGCUGUUUCAAUGAUGGCCAGUGUCCUGCCACACAGAAAUGUUGCCCAACCACCGGUGGCUUUGCAUGCAGUGAACCGCGUGGCCAGGGAAGAGAUCAGGGCGCGGGACAGGGAAGCGGCGCUGGCGCAGGACAGGGAAGGGGCGCUGGCCAGGGUGCAGGACAGGGAAGCGGCGCUGGAGCAGGACAGGGAAGCGGCUUUGGCCAGGGUGCAGGACAGGGAAGCGGCUUUGGCCAGGGCGCGGGACAGGGAAGCGGCGCUGGCCAGGGUGCGGGACAGGGAAGCGGCGCUGGCCAGGGUGCAGGACAGGGAAGCGGUGCUGGAGCAGGACAGGGAAGCGGCUUUGGCCAGGGCGCGGGACAGGGAAGCGGCUUUGGCCAGGGCGCGGGACAGGGAAGCGGCUUUGGCCAGGGCGCGGGACAGGGAAGCGGCGCUGGAGCAGGACAGGGAAGCGGCUUUGGCCAGGGUGCAGGACAGGGAAGCGGCUUUGGCCAGGGCGCGGGACAGGGAAGCGGCGCUGGCCAGGGUGCGGGACAGGGAAGCGGCGCUGGCCAGGGUGCAGGACAGGGAAGCGGUGCUGGAGCAGGACAGGGAAGCGGCUUUGGCCAGGGCGCGGGACAGGGAAGCGGCUUUGGCCAGGGCGCGGGACAGGGAAGCGGCUUUGGCCAGGGCGCGGGACAGGGAAGCGGCUUUGGCCAGGGCGCGGGACAGGGAAGCGGCGCUGGCCAGGGCGCGGGACAGGGAAGCGGCGCUGGCCAGGGCGCAGGACAGGGAAGCGGCGCUGGCCAGGGCGCAGGACAGGGAAGCGGCGCUGGACAGGGAAGCGGCUUUGGCAAGGGCGCAGGACAGGGAAGCGGAGCUGGCGCUGGACAUGGAAGUGGCUAUGGCCAGGGCGCUGGUCAGGGAUCUGGACAGGGUCAGGGAAGUGGCGCUGGACAGGGAAGUGGCGCUGGACAGGGAAGCGGCGCUGGUCAGGGAUCUGGACAGGGUCAGGGAAGUGGUCAAGGGAAUUGUCGGGGAUGUCGCAAAGGUCAUUGUCGUCUAUAG